UCUCGUACGUCUCGUCUGUCGUUUUGCACACUCACUCUGAGUGGUGCUGUUGUCCAAGAGACCUAUCUCAGCUCAGACGCAUAUAACUGCUGUUACAAAGUAACAUACGUCAGUGACAAGACCAAGCGAGGAUCAUUGCGCACAACGCCAUCGAAGGCAUUUUAACGGAGUAAAAGCAACAAUAUCUUAGUGAGACAAAUAUAUCUCAAACGUUGGCAUUUUUGUUGCAUAGGACUUUUGGAUUGCAUCAUAUUUGCCAGUUUUGGGUAACGUUAUGGAUAUUUUUGGGAGAACGGGCGCAGGAGAGGCUUUGAAGAGCACAGGCUGGGGUUUGAGAUGGCAAGUGCGAGUCUCCAUUUUGCUUGUCUGCGUACUGAGUGCGGUGAAUGGACAGAUUCGAUAUUCUAUACCAGAGGAGAUGAGAAAGGGCUUGUUUGUAGGAGAUGUGGCGAAAGACCUUGGUUUGGACAUAAAGAGACUUAUUUCAGGUCGGGCGCAGUUAGUUAUAGACGGUAAUAACCAAUAUGUAGAGCUGAAUCCGAACAAAGGACAUUUGGUUGUGAAAGAAAGGAUUGACAGGGAGAAACUGUGCGGUCAGAAAUCUCCGUGUAGUUUCAGUCUAGAGAUUGUCUUAGAAAAUCCGCUUGAAUUAUUUUCGAUUACUAUCGAAAUUCAAGACAUAAACGACCAUGCCCCAGCGUUUUCGAAGAAAGAACUUAAUUUAGAAAUCAGUGAAUCUGCACCUAUAGGGACCGUGUUCUUGCUAGACAGUGCCGCGGACCCUGACGUAGGUAUCAACUCCCUUCACAGCUAUUCUCUAAAACCAACUGAUAAUUUUGUUAUCAAACAGCAUAGUCGAGCCGACGGCAGUAAAUACGCAGAGAUGGUGUUGCAGUCAGGACUUGACCGUGAAAAACAGAGCGAACACUCCCUGAUACUAACUGCAGUCGAUGGUGGGGACCCACAGAGAACUGGAACCGUUAAGAUACAUAUUACUGUUCUAGACGCAAACGACAAUGCACCUAUAUUUACUGAGUCUUUGUACAAAGCCACUGUUAUAGAACACUCGCUGGGAGGCACAGCUGUAGCAAAAGUAAGUGCCAUCGAUGCAGAUCAAGGGUAUAACGGAAAUGUGACGUAUUCCUUCACACAUAUGGAUGAGGGUACCCCGCCCUUGUUCAAUAUAGAUCCCUAUAGCGGGGAGAUUAAAGUAACUGGUGCCAUAGAUUACGAAACUGUUCAGAAUUACGAGAUACACAUUCAAGCUAAAGACCCAUGGGGUCUGACAAGUGUGAGUAAAUUAAUUAUUGAUAUCCUAGACGUGAAUGAUAACACUCCGAUCAUAACCAUGACAUCGUUUUCGGGUAAAAUCGCAGAAGAUGCUAUCCCUGGUACAGUUGUGGCAUUGAUAAGUGUCCAGGAUGUAGACUCUGGUAAAAACGGACAGGUGCGUUUAAACAUCAACGAAAAUCUCCCUUUUAAGAUAAAGACGUCUCUUAGAAACUACUACACAUUGGUAACUGAGAAGGGCUUAGACCGGGAGAAAGUUUCUAGCUACAACAUUACCCUCAUUGCCACCGAUGAAGGUUUACCUCCGUUAUCAAGCAUGAACACUGUCGUUUUAGACAUCACUGAUGUUAAUGACAACGCACCAGCUUUUAGUAAAAAUGUGUAUAGCACGUACAUUAUGGAAAACAAUUCUCCCCGCGUUUCAGUGGUUGCUAUUCAAGCGACGGAUCCAGAUAGGGGUCAAAACGCACUUAUAUCUUACUACCUAAUUGACAGUGAGCUAAACGGAAACCCAAUCUCCACCUAUUUCUCAAUUAACUCUGAGAACGGUGUAAUUCAUUCAGUGCGCUCACUGGAUUAUGAACAGGUUAAGGAGUUCAAAAUACACGUCAAAGCUCAAGACGGAGGCUCGCCACCGCUUAGCAGUAAUACAACUGUUCUGAUAUAUGUUAAAGAUCAGAACGACAACGCGCCUCAGGUUCUGUACCCAGUCCAGACUAGCAGCUCUCUGGUGGCUGAAAUGGUGCCCCGUUCAGCAGAUGUGGGAUAUCUUGUCACUAAAGUGGUGGCUGUUGAUGUGGACUCUGGACAGAAUGCCUGGCUCUCGUAUAAACUGCAGAAAGCGACAGACAGGGCGCUGUUUGAAGUGGGCUUACAGAAUGGAGAAAUAAGAACUAUACGUCAAGUCAAUGAUAAAGAUGCUGUGAAACAAAGGCUCACUGUUGUAGUGGAGGACAACGGGCAGCCCUCUCGUUCAGCUACAGUCAAUGUUAACGUGGCGGUGGCGGACAGCUUCCCUGAAGUGCUCUCGGAGUUCACUGACUUUACGCACGACAAGGAGUACAAUGACAACCUGACUUUUUACUUAGUCUUGGCUUUAGCUGUAGUUUCAUUUCUGUUCAUCACUUGUUUAUUGAUUAUUAUAUCAGUGAAAAUAUACAGAUGGAGACAGUCUCGCGUUCUCUAUCAUUCAAGUCUCCCGGUUAUUCCGUAUUAUCCACCGCGUUACGCAGACACUUUGGGGACAGGAACUCUACAGCACGUGUACAAUUACGAGGUGUGCAGGACGACUGACUCCAGAAAGAGUGACUGUAAGUUCGUCAGACCCUGUAGUCAGAACGUACUGAUAAUGGACCCCAGUUCUACAGGGACGAUGCAGCGGAUGCAGAGUGAACAGAACAUCCUGGAUGAACCAGACUCUCCACUAGAGAGCGUUUGCGGUGUUUGGACUCUGAGUGCCGCUGUUGAUCGGUGA